GGAAAAGAAGUACAUUGUACCCUCUAUCUUUUUGGCUAUGGCUUUUAUCUCACGCUAUAUCAGAUUCUGCUUCUUUGUGCUUUUAUUCCUGUUUAGGAUAUCGUCUGCCCAAUUGUCCUCCAAUUACUACUCGACAACGUGCCCUCGAACCCUUUCCAUUGUUCGGAAUGCAGUUGUUAAUGCAGUGGUGAAGGAGCAUCGCAUGGGGGCAUCCUUACUCCGUCUCCAUUUCCACGAUUGCUUUGUCAAUGGAUGUGAUGCGUCUGUUCUAUUAGAUGACACUGCAAAUUUUACUGGGGAAAAGACGGCGCCACCAAAUACAAACUCAUUGAGGGGAUUUGAAUUGAUCGAUACCAUAAAAUCUCAGCUAGAAGGUGCCUGCCCCGGGGUUGUUUCCUGCGCAGAUAUACUUGCCAUUGCAGCUCGCGAUUCAGUUGUUUCAUUGGGAGGGCCUUCAUGGACGGUUCAGUUGGGCAGAAGGGACUCCACCACAGCAAGUUUAAGUGCUGCAACUAGUGAGCUCCCAUCUCCAAGUCUAAAUCUUAAUGACCUCAUCACUUCUUUCUCAACUAAAGGAUUUACUACCAAAGAAUUGGUAGCUCUCUCGGGAUCUCACACAACGGGCCAAGCAAGGUGUCUAGUGUUUCGAGAACGGAUACAUAAUGAGACUAACAUCGAUUCAUCAUUUGCUACAUCUUUGAAAUCAAACUGUACUGCGAGCUCGGGGACUGAUGACAACCUUUCUUCACUAGACGUCACAAGCCCUUUCAUCUUCGAUAAUGCUUAUUAUAAGAACCUGGUGAAUAGCAAGGGUCUAAUGCAUUCUGAUCAGCAGCUUUUCAGUGGUGGCUCAACAGAUUCUCUGGUUAAAACUUAUAGCACCACUGCCGAAACUUUUUAUACAGAUUUUGCAAAUGCCAUGCUGAAAAUGGGGAGCCUUAGCCCGCUUACGGGAAAGAGUGGUCAAGUUCGUACCAACUGUCGCAAAAUAAACUGAUCCGGGCCAUUUAAAAUGAUCUAGUUCAGUAAAACCAAGUGACUUCAGAUGCUGUAAUUUUUAUUUCUAAGUUUUCAUAGUUCUUGUUUGAUUAGAUUUGGUGCGAAAUACUUAUAUGCCAUGUCUCGAAGCAGAAAUGUAGAAUUACUACCACUAUCCAAUAAAUAAUCAAUACUAAUAUAGGUGAUCA